GCGAGUCCAGACUGAGGAGGAGGUGAAGAAGGGUCCAUGUUCAGUAAGCGUGUAAUGAAGCCGGCUUUGGAUCAGGGUCACUGACUUGAGUGGCAUUUAUUUCUGCAAGGAAACUAGUCUGCUGUGUGCUUUAAAUUACUGUGGACGGGCUUGGUGAAACCUGGAUUACUUGGUGCCGAGUGAGCAGAUGGUAAUAUAUUUACCCUCACUGUCUCUGUGUUCCGGCCUUCAGGACAGAAGCAGUCAUCCAAAAACCACAUCGUCUAGAUCUUUAUUUAUUUUGCCACCAAUCAACUCUGAGCAGCCUGCCGGACAGCUGCAGCAAGUGAAGUCACUUUACGCUCAUUAGCAUGGACAAGAGAUGAGACCCUAGACACACACACCACAGAUUCCCUCCCUCCACCCAUUUAUGAGUGUGUCGUGCCUGUACAUGUAGCACUGAGGAGCUCCAGAAACCUCUCUCCGGAUUUCAGUUGUGGGUUGGCAUUCAUAUGUUUGCAUAUAUAUUUAUGGUCUCAGAUAUUUUUAAUGUGUUUUAAUGGAUACAGGUUUGACUUCCCAGGAGGGAGCGAACAACUAUAUCAAAAUGAUGGAAGAAAAUUUGAACAUGAGAUGAGAAGAGAACAGAUGGUGAGACUGAGGUUAGUUGGUCACACAAGGAAAUUGGCCACACAAAGAUUACAUCUUAUUAACCAUUAGCGAUUCCAUCUAAUUGGCCCUGUGGUCCCACAACUAUUCAGACAUUGCAGGCAUGACUGUGAGCUCUGCCCCUCCUUCAGCUGUGUCAGCAGGUACAAAAUGUUCCCAACUUCACAAGAAGCCUGAAUACUGAUACAGAGCACAAGUAGUGGACAGAGACACUCUUCCCCUAAAGGCAACAGGACAAUGGCUUCCCACAACAGGAGAUGGAACCUUUUCACUUUUUCUUGCUGCAUCAUUGUCCUGCUAGUCCCCCUCAUGGCUACGAGGCCACAACAACCUUCAGCGGCAUCCAGAGUACAUGAGAAAUACAGCACAUUCCGGGUGGAAUACCCAGAAUGGACCUUUAACCAUCUUGCGGUGGACCACAGAAAUGGGAAUGUGUACCUUGGUGCAGUGAACCGCAUCUACAAACUCUCACCUGGGUUGGAAGUACAGGUGUCACAUCAGACCGGUCCAGAUGAGGAUAACCGGAACUGCUACCCACCCCGUAUAGUGCAGCCUUGUAGCGAACCUCUCACGUUGACCAACAACGUCAACAAGAUGCUGCUCAUGGACUACCGUGAGAACCGGCUGCUGGCCUGUGGCAGCCUGUACCAGGGUAUUUGCAAACUCCUCCGCCUGGAUGAUCUCUUUAAACUUGGAGAGCCCUUCCAUAAAAAAGAGCACUACCUCUCUGGCGUCAACGAGAGUGGCUCCGUAUUUGGGGUCAUUGUGUCUUACGGUGAUGCCUCGCCUGAUAAGCUGUUCGUGGCCACAGCUGUUGACGGAAGACCGGAGUACUUCCCGACGAUAUCCAGUCGUAAGCUCACCCGUAACUCUGAGGAGGAUGGGAUGUUCGCCUACGUCUUCCAUGAUGAGUUUGUAGCCUCCAUGAUUAAAAUCCCAUCGGAUACAUUCACGGUGGUACCAGACUUUGACAUCUAUUACAUAUAUGGGUUUAGCAGUGGAAAUUUUGUGUAUUUUCUCACAUUGCAACCCGAAAUGGGAGUAGGCCCAACGACUGGGUCAUCCUCGGCCGGUCGUGAACAGGUGUACACUUCCAAACUUGUGCGACUCUGCAAGGACGACACUGCAUUUAACUCAUACGUCGAGGUUCCUCUCGGUUGCGUUAAGGGUGGGGUUGAGUAUCGCCUCCUGCAGGCGGCCUACCUGUCCAACGCAGGUACCAUCCUGGCACGUUCGCUGGGCAUAGGACCCGAUGAUGACAUCCUUUAUGCUGUUUUCUCCAAAGGACAGAAAAGGAGGCCCAAGGAGUCAUCUCAGGAGUCAGCUCUAUGCGUGUUCACUCUGAAAGAGAUUAACGAAAGAAUUAAGGACCGGUUGCAGUCGUGCUAUAAAGGGGAGGGAACCUUGGAUCUCGCUUGGCUCAAAGUGAAAGACAUCCCAUGCAGUAGUGCGCUCCUCACCAUCGAUGACAACUUCUGUGGUCUGGAUAUGAACGCCCCACUCGGCGUCUCGGAGAUGGUACGUGGAAUUCCACUGUUCUCCGAAUCCAAUGACAAAAUGACAUCGGUUAUCGCCUACGUGUACAAGAACCACUCUCUGGCCUUUGUGGGGACCAAAGGCGGUCGUCUGAAAAAGAUUCGAGUGGAUGGUCCCACCUAUGGUGCUUUACAAUACGAAACCAUCCAGGUGGUCGACAAUGGGCCGAUUCUACGAGACAUGGCCUUUACAUCUGAUCAGCAUUUCUUGUAUGUGAUGUCAGAGUCCCAGCUGACCCGUGUCCCAGUGGAGGCCUGCGAGCAGUACUCAUCCUGUAAAGAGUGUCUGGGAUCUGGAGAUCCUCACUGCGGCUGGUGUGUGCUUCAUAGCAUGUGCACCAGGAAGGAGAAGUGCGAGCGGUCAUCCGAGCCUCGUCGUUUUGCCUCUGAUAUAAAGCAGUGUGUGAGACUCAGCGUUCACCCCAACAACAUCUCCGUGUCUCAAUACAGUGUCAUGCUAGUGCUGGAGGCACAUAACGUGCCAGAACUUUCUGCAGGGGUCAACUGCACCUUUGAGGACCUGGCGGAGAUGGACGGUCUGGUCGAGGGGAACCGCAUUACCUGCAGCUCUCCUGCAGAGAAAGAAGUCCCACGCAUUAUUGUAGACCAAGGUGACCAUCAGAUUGUCCAGCUCUACCUCAAGUCAAAGGAGACAGGACUAGCUUUUGCCAACACUAGCUUUGUCUUCUACAACUGCAGCGUUCACAAGUCAUGUCUCUCCUGUGUUGGAAGCCCAUACCAGUGCCACUGGUGCAAAUAUCGUCACACGUGCACCCACGAUCCGAGCAGCUGCUCUUUCCAGGAGGGCCGUGUCAAAAAGCCAGAGGAAUGUCCUCAGCUGCUUCCAGCUGAUCGUAUCCUGGUUCCAGUGAACGUGGUGAAACCCAUCACCCUUCGGGCCAAGAACCUGCCACAGCCACAGUCAGGUCAGCGUGGGUACGAGUGUGUACUCACAAUACAGGGUGUGGAGCAGAGAGUUCCCGCCCUCCGCUUCAACAGCUCCAGCGUACAGUGCCAGAACACAUCGUACUCGUAUGAUGGGAUGGAGAUGAGUAGCCUCCCUGUGGAUCUGACGGUUAUCUGGAAUGGAGACUUCAGCAUUGACAACCCGGCCCAAAACAAAGUGCACCUGUACAAGUGUGACGCACGGAGGGAGAGCUGUGGACUUUGUCUGAAGGCAGACCCUCUGUUCGGCUGUGUGUGGUGUAAGGGAGAGAACCGUUGCUCUCUGAAACAGCACUGUCCUCACCCGCAGAGCAUGUGGCUCGAGCACAAUGGCAUCAAUAGCAAGUGCACGCACCCCAAAAUCACAAAGAUCACUCCACUUCGAGGACCGCGUGAAGGUGGAACACUGGUGACUAUUCGUGGCGAGAACCUGGGACUGGAGUUCAGUGAGAUUAAGGACCAUGUAAAGGUUGCAGAAGUGGAAUGUAUACCAGUACCUGAGGGAUAUAUCCCAGCAGAACAGAUUGUGUGCGAAAUGGGAAAAGCAGAAAAGAGCCAGUAUGCUGGAAAUGUCCAAGUGUGUGUUGGAGAGUGUCGCCCUGAGUUCAUGGCCAUGUCAUCUAAGUACUACUACUUUUUGGUCCCUAAACUGUUGAGCUUAAAGCCGAACCGAGGGCCAGUAUCUGGAGGCACCAUAGUUAACAUCACCGGCAGCAACCUGGAUGCAGGCAGCAAUGUCUCAAUCAUGUUUAAAGACCAGAAGUGCACCUAUCAACGGCGAGGUGGACAAUGGAUAACUUGUCGUUCUCAUGCCUCUAUGCAAGGCUACGGAAAUGUGUCCAUAUCGGUGUUUGUGGAUAAAGCCCACAUUCACAAAGAUCUCAAGUUUGAGUAUGUGGAGGACCCCACUAUCACCAAACUCGAACCUGAGUGGAGCAUUUUCAGUGGCAACACACCAGUGACUGUGACCGGGACAAACCUGGACAUCAUCCAGACUCCUCUCAUCAGAGCCAAGUAUAAGAACUUGGAGACGGUCAAUAUAUGUCAGGUUCUGAGUCCCUCCACUAUGCAGUGCAUGGCCCCAGAGCUUCCCUACAGUCUAAGCAGGCAAAUGGAAGAGCUAGAGAGACCCGAUGAGUUCGGCUUCAUCCUAGACAACGUUCAGUCUGUGCUGGCCCUCAACAACACCAACUUCAUCUACUACCCAAAUCCAGUGUUUGAACCGCUCAGUGUGUCUGGGGUCCAGGAGCUCAAGCCAGGGUCUCCCAUCAUACUCAAGGGUAGAAACUUCCUCCCUCCAGCCCCAGGUGGCAACGGGAAGCUCAACUACACAGUUCUUAUUGGAGACAAACCUUGUACUUUAACUGUAUCAGAUACUCAACUGCUCUGCGAAUCGCCCAAUCUGACUGGACGACACAAGGUUCUGGCCCGUGUAGGUGGCAUUGAGUUCUCUCCAGGUGUGGUCCACAUCACCUCCGACAGCCCCCUCAGCAGCACCGCCGUCAUCAGCAUUGCUGGGGCAGGAGGCCUCCUCAUCUUCUUCAUCAUCAUUGUCCUUAUUGCAUACAAGCGCAAAUCCCGUGAGAGUGACCUCACUCUUAAGCGCCUGCAGAUGCAGAUGGACAACCUGGAGUCCAGAGUAGCCUUGGAAUGCAAAGAGGCAUUUGCAGAGCUGCAAACAGAUAUUCAUGAGUUGACCAGCGAUCUGGACGGAGCUGGUAUUCCAUUCUUAGACUACCGCACAUACACAAUGCGAGUCCUGUUUCCUGGCAUUGAGGAGCACCCUGUCCUUAGAGACCUGGAGGUGCCAGGUUACAGACAGGAACAGGUGGAAAAGGGCCUAAAACUGUUUGGACAGCUUAUCAACAACAAGGUUUUCCUGCUGUCCUUCAUCCGAACCCUAGAGUCUCAGAGAGGCUUCUCCAUGCGAGACCGCGGUAAUGUCGCCUCCUUGAUCAUGACCGUUUUGCAAAGUAAACUGGAGUAUGCAACGGACGUGCUCAAACACCUGCUGUCUGACCUCAUUGACAAGAACCUGGAAAGCAAGAACCAUCCCAAGCUCUUACUCAGAAGAACGGAGUCUGUGGCUGAGAAAAUGCUCACAAAUUGGUUCACUUUUCUGCUUUACAAAUUCCUCAAGGAAUGUGCUGGGGAGCCCCUCUUCUCUCUUUUCUGUGCCAUAAAGCAACAAAUGGAAAAAGGCCCCAUCGACUCUAUCACCGGAGAAGCCCGCUACUCACUCAGUGAAGACAAGCUCAUCAGACAGCAAAUUGAUUACAAGACACUGGUGGUGAACUGCAUGCAUCCAGACAAUGAGAAGAGCCCAGAGGUGCAGGUGAAGGUGCUGAACUGUGACACUAUCAGCCAGGUGAAAGAGAAGAUCUUGGACGCCAUCUACAAGAACGUCCCCUACUCGCACAGACCAAAAGCCUCUGACAUGGACCUAGAGUGGCGUCAAGGCAGAGUAGUACGAGUCAUUCUUCAAGAUGAAGAUGUCACGACAAAGAUUGAGUGUGACUGGAAAAGACUCAACAUGCUGACUCACUACCAGGUGCCUGAUAAUUCUGUGGUAGCUCUCGUACCAAAGCAGGUCACCGCAUACAACUCUGUCAACAACUCCACUGUCUCCAGAACCUCUGCUAGCAAAUAUGAAAACAUGAUCAAGUACACGGGCAGUCCGGACAGCCUGCGUUCCCGCACACCAAUGAUCACACCUGACCUGGAGAGUGGCAUCAAGGUGUGGCAUCUGGUGAAGAACCAUGAGCAUGGAGACCAGAAGGAGGGAGACCGUGGCAGCAAGAUGGUCUCGGAGAUUUACUUGACCAGACUGUUGGCCACCAAGGGCACUCUACAGAAGUUUGUGGAUGACCUGUUUGAGACCAUCUUCAGCACAGCACACAGAGGAAGUGCCCUUCCUCUCGCCAUCAAGUACAUGUUUGACUUCCUGGAUGAGCAGGCCGACAAGCACAGCAUUCACGACCCACACGUCAGACACACAUGGAAGAGCAACUGUCUACCUCUACGGUUCUGGGUGAAUGUGAUCAAGAACCCACAGUUUGUGUUCGACAUCCAUAAGAGCAGCAUCACGGACGCCUGUCUGUCUGUGGUAGCGCAAACCUUCAUGGAUUCCUGCUCGACAUCAGAGCACCGCCUGGGCAAAGACUCCCCGUCUAACAAGCUGCUGUAUGCCAAGGACAUUCCCAGCUACAAGAGCUGGGUGGAGAGAUAUUACUCCGACAUUAGUAAGAUGCCUGCGAUCAGUGAUCAGGAUAUGAACGCAUAUCUGGCAGAACAGUCCCGUAUGCACAUGAACGAGUUCAACAGCAUGAGCUCCCUCAGUGAGAUCUACUCUUAUGUGGGCAAAUAUACAGAAGAGAUUGUGUCUGCGCUGGAGCAGGAUGAUGGUGCCAGGAAACAGAGACUGGCCUAUAAGCUGGAGCAGGUGGUUGCCUUCAUGAGCCUGGAGAGCUGAGGACCGCAUUUCCCAGAGUGCACUGGGAGAUCCAUCAGA